AUGAUUCAUGCCUCUUGCAUGAUUGGCACCUCUCUAGUCCGUGAAUUCCUUUCAGAUCCGGAUGCUACAGUUGGAUCCAAUGAUCCCGACUCGGCACAUCGGGUCGAGACCACCGAAGGACCACUGAAGCCGAUCGUGCAGUUCAGCGCCCCGAAUCCCCUGACAUCACUCACGGUUGCAGCAUUUGCAACGAAGAUCGAGGUGCCGUCACCACCAGGGACCAAGCUCGGUCGGGUCUCUGAGAUCGCCGCCACUGCACCAACGGUGACCACAGUGACAGAAUCCCACGGGCGACGAACGCUCCACCGACGAGGCCCGCCAUUUGAGUAA